AUGCCUAGACGCGCCUCAAACUUCGAUCAGGAAGAGCAGAAUGGCGAUGGUGUCUACUACUCGAGCGCCAACAAUCAGAAUCGCGCCUCCUUCUCGGCCGUCUCCCCACCGAACAGUUCUCAUGCUGCUCGGCUAGCCCAGCUUAGUAUGGCAGUACACCAGCCAAAAAGGCACGAGCACAAUGAACAUCAACGACUUAUCGGUGACAAUGGCGCCUACAAUCGCAUGAUUGAGAACGGCCCUGUUGACGAACCGCCACGUCAAAGGCAGCCACACCGAAGUUGGUUCCAUGCCAUCACUGGUCAACGGACUGUUCAUAAGGAGGACCUUCCGCGUCGCGAAGCGUCCGAGCCAGAUCGAGUCGACCGGCCAGAGAGAAGAGGCGAACGGGAAGAUUAUAGGGUAGCCCAUCGGGAGCCACGCGAGACGGCUGUGGUCGUUCCACCUGAUACUGAGGUGGAAGUUACUCGAGAUAGAAAUGAAAGCAGAACUAGCUACUACAUUCAAGGUAGCAAGGGCUACGUCCGAGUAUCGGCUCCAAUGGCAAGCAACGAGGCAGAGCUUUUUGAUGCCAUUGCCGACGGAAGAUCUGCCCCUCGUCAAGAGCGUGAGCACCCUGUAACUUCUUGA